AUUGGCUCAUGGGGCACUAUUUCUUUUGGUUAGGAAGUCAGGUCCCUGGAUACGAAUGACAAGAUGAUGAUGAUUCCAAAAGGGUCAUUUACCUGACUUCUAGGAGCUUGUUCAAAUCAAAAGCCUUGUCAGCUUGAAGACAUGGAGGAAAAUGGGGACACUGAUGAGGACCAUCUCACAGAUUAUGAAAUUCAGCUUAGCAUUCAAGAAUCCAUCGAAACCAAUAAGAAAGAGUUUUAUCCUGAAAGUAGGUUUGUAUCUAUAAGUGCUCAGAACAGAAAACUUGUAGAAGCCAUCAAAACAGGCCAAAUCCUUGAGCUCCAGGACCAUGUGAAACAUAAGUAUGCUUUGGAUGAAGCUGAUAACAAUGGGUGGUUCCCACUUCAUGAGGCUGCAGUUCAACCUAUUCAGCAAAUACUUGAAAUUGUUCUGGAUGCAUCCUAUAAAACUCUUUGGGAAUACAAUACUUGUGAUGGAGAAACACCAUUAACUCUAGCAAUCAAUUCUGGUCUGGUGGAAAACGUAAGAACUCUAUUGGAAAAAGGAGUGUCUCCAGAUACCAAAAACCUCAAAGGAGAAACUCCCCUUCUGCUUGCUAUAAAAAAGGGUUCCUAUGAGAUGGUGUCUCUUCUCAUUAAACAUAACACUAUACUUGACCUGCCAUGUAUCAAAAGAUGGUCAGCAAUGCACGAGGCAGCCAAACAGGGCCGCAAGGAUAUUAUUGCUCUGCUUCUAAAGAAUGGAGGAAAUGUGCACCUGCGGGACGGAUUUGGAAUUACACCUUUGGGUGUUGCUGCUGAGUAUGGUCAUUGUGACGUGUUAGAACAUCUCAUCCAUAAAGGUGGUGAUGUUUUUGCUUUGGCGGAUGAUGGGGCAUCUAUUCUGUUUGAGGCAGCAGGAGGAGGUAAUCCUGACUGCAUUUCUCUUUUGUUGGAAUAUGGAGGAAGUGGAAAUGUGCCUAACAGAUCAGGACACCUUCCUAUUCAUCGAGCUGCCUAUGAAGGACAUUACCUGGCUCUGAAAUAUCUUAUCCCAGUAACAUCCAAAAAUGCAAUACAGAAAAGUGGGUUAACCCCCAUUCAUUCAGCAGCUGAAGGCCAAAAUGUGCAGUGUUUGGAAUUACUCAUUGAAAAUGAUUUUGAUGUCAAUACUCCCCUGGCUGAUCACAUUUCUGAGAACUACGAUGAUGGACGGAAGACUGCACUGUAUUUUGCUGUUUCCAAUAAUGAUAUUCUCUGUACAGAGGUUCUAUUGGCUGCAGGUGCAGAUCCAAACCAAGAUCCCCUGAACUGUCUGCUUGUGGCAGUGAGAGCUGGCAAUCAUGAAAUUGUCAGAUUGCUUCUCUCCCAUGGAGCAAAUGUCAAUUGUUACUUCAUGCAUGUGAAUGACACUAGGUUCCCCAGCGCCAUUCAAUAUGCUUUGAAUGAUGAGGUAAUGCUUAGACUGUUGCUAAAUAAUGGCUUUCAAGUGGAGAUGUGCUUUGAUUGCAUGCAUGGGGAUAUCUUUGGAAAUUCCUUUGUGUGGUCUGAGAUUGAAGAAGAUGUUCUACCAGGAUGGACUUCUUGCAUAAUAAAAGAUAAUCCGUUCUGUGAGUUUAUUACAGUUCCUUGGAUGAAGCAUUUGGUGGGUCGUGUUAUGCGUAUUUUAAUAGAUUAUAUGGAUUAUGUACCUUUAUGUGAUAAACUGAAAUCUACACUAGAAGUACAGAAAGAAUGGCCAGAAAUUCGUCAAAUAUUAGAAAACCCCUGUUCAUUAAAGCAUUUGUGUCGAUUACGAAUUCGAAGACUUAUGGGACUAAAGAGACUAUGCAAGGCAGAAAUUGUAAAGAACCUUCCUCUACCAACUAUCUUGAGAGAAUAUAUCUUGUUUAAAGAAUAUGAUCUAUAUGGACAAGAAUUGGGGUUAUCAUGAUACCUUAAGAGUUUUUAAAAAUCAUUCCUUCUCAAUAUAUUGUAAGAAUUAUUCAGUAGACUUAAGCAUAUUUAAAAUCCUUUAAAUUCUGUUAAACAUUUUUUUUUUUCCUUUUAGGAGAAUGUCUUGUGUAGCUUAAAAUGCCAUUUUUACUUAGACUUUUAAAAUUUCCUUAUAUCUCUUAAUUUGACAUCUCCCAAGGAUCUGACAGUAAGAGACAAUGAUCGUGGAGACAUGAUUGCUCUUAAUUCAGUUAGCUGACUAGGUAUGGUCAAUGAAUUACAUUCAUUCCUUUGUUUUCUUUACCAAGGGUUUGUUGCUUUGUCUCAGUAGUAUUAAUUGUAAUAUGUUCUUUGAUAACUUCAUUUUUUUAAUCAGACAUUUGUCCCAAGUCAUAAUUUCCCUUUGAUUUGUGUAUUCCCCAAAUGGUAGAACUGCUAUUUUUGGAUGAACAAAGAAAAUUAGUUAAGAAACUAAGAUUUUUAAACUCCCCCAUUUUCUUCUAAUAUAAACUAUAUGUGCUUGACUUGAACUGUUACAAAUCAUGUAUUUUAUUUUAUGACUUGUCUUGACAAAAAAGUCUUGACAAAUGCUGCACUGAUUUCUCUUAAUGCAAUUCUAAGAGAAAAAACAAUCAUAAAGAUGUUAGCCUGAGUCAUGGCAUUUCAAAGUAUGGAACUAGCUCUAAUGGAACUCUGGCAUUUUCUUGUUUUUUCCUUUAAUUGAUUUCUGGGUCAAUUAACUAAAUGAAAUAUCAGAUCCAAAACAUUUGAACUAACUCAACAUAUUGUAGGCAGACACUAAAGAAAUGAUCUUGACAUUCAUGGAGGGGAAAAAAAAAAACCCUCCAAUACUGAAGGAAUCACUAACAUCCAGAAGAGAUUUGAUCUUCUUCCUGUGAAUUUUAUUAUUUCUUUGUUUUCCAGAGAGCUCAGUAAGAAAGGGGAGGCAGUGUUUCUCAUAUAUUAACUGGGAGACAGGAACAACUGCACUCACUAAUGAGACUUAAAAGAAGUUAAUACAAUCCUGGUUCUGUAGCCUCCUUAUGACAAACUUCUGGGUGCUGCCUUUCAUAAAGCCGAGCUCUCCCAUGCUGUUUUGUUCACUAUAAGAUCUGCUUAGCAUUAUACAGAAGGUCUAUAUAUCAUUGAACAUAAGAUAAAUUCUGAUUUUCAGUGUGCUCUCAUGAAAUGAUAUUACCUUAUCUGGUUUAAAGUAAAUCCAGCCAGCUCUUGAAGUAAUAAAGAGCCAAAUGUGAUAUUUUCAGGUUUUAGAAUUAAUAAAAAUGUUAAAAUUACAUAAACAUAUUGUAAUAUUUUCCAACAGAUAUUAGGAAAAAAUCUAUUGCUAAAUUAUAGCAGUACAUGUUGCAUCAUUUAGAAUAAUGGGGAUGAUGUAAAGAACCAGAAAGAAUGGAAUCUUUCAUGAAGAGAAGUAAUGUUUGUAACUGUGCCUUUGCAAUUUAGGGAUAGUUAAAUGUGAAAAUAUAAAGCCACCAUUUCCUCUCCAGAGGACACUUGCUAUGGCCUUGGACACAAAGAUCACGUUUGUGUUUUAUCUUUGCCAUUGACUUUUUUCACCAGCAUAGACUUGGAGUCAGGAAGCCCUGGUAUGCAAAUCUUGUUUUAGCUCCUAAUAAGUUUGGUGACUGGGGAUUUAGCUGCUCUGGGCUUCAGUGUCUUUGUCUUGAAAGCAAAAGGGUUAGACUCAGUGACCAUAAGGUUAAUUCUAGUUCUAAACCUAAGAAUUAAAAUGGUUACAACCAACAAACCAAUGUCACAGCCUCCUUGGGACACAGUGUUAUAACUAAUACAUUCUGUUUGAAUACUCCAAGACAAACCUGUGCACCAAGUCAACUUCCCUCAGUUAUAUCCAACCAACAUUAUUAAGUCCUGACUCUUUGUAAGGUACCAUGCUAAUUGCUGGAUUUCCAAAGGCAAAAAUGAAACAAUCCCUCCCCUCAAGGAAUUUGCAGUCUCCCAGAGGAACACUGUUGAUACAAAUCUUAUAAGUUAUUUUCUGGAGAGAAAGAACAAGGCAGGGGAUUCACUCCAGUAAUCACUGGUCCUCUUGGCACCCCACGGCCCAAUACUCUGAUGUUCUCUGAUUGCUAGAAUAAAGGGAGUGAGUGGGCCUUCUCUGUAGUGGCUCUGUGCUGGCCCAUAGGGCAGUGUGAGCACCCAGUGGUCAGCUUGCCAGUCUUGGAGCCAGGAAGACUCGCUUUCCUGAGUUCUCGACACUAGUUAAGUGACCCUGGACAAGUCACUUAAUCCCACCUGCCUUAGUUUCCUGAUCUGUAAAAUGAGCAAGAAAUGGUCAAUCAUUCAGGCGUCUGCACCAAAAACAGGUGAACAACAGCACCUGAAUUCUAAGUUGUAUUGGACUUGAGUCUUGUAGUUUUUUGUUUGUUUGCAUUGCUGUAGACAGCGUAUGUGUUGAUUGUCUUGGCUUUCUCUACUCUUAAUUCCCUGUGGAGCUUCCAAAGCCAGAGACACAUAGGAUCAUAGAGACGUAAAUGAGACUUCUACCUGUGCAUCCAGCCCUGCAUGACUGAAGAACUUCUGUGAUACCAGCCAGUGUGUGGAUAUAGUUAGGCUUUAUAAUACUAUUAAAAAUGGUGCCAGAAUUAUUAACAGAUUCUCACGGUUAGCCAAAACUACUUCUGAGGUGGUUGGUAGAAAAGCAGCAGGGUGUUAUCCCAAGCUUAUUAAACUCCAUUCCUUUGAUUUGACAAUUACAAUCCUGAUCCAACAACCCCUGGCCAUAAAAGAAGAAUUAAACUAGGUGAUGGAGAGGCUAGGUCAGAGAAAUAAACUUGUAUUUGCUCUUGGUGAUCUUUAACUUAACUGCAGUAAAUGGAGAAGAAGAUUGGAAAUUAAUUGUUUUCUUGUGGGGUUUGAAUCUAAGAACAGGGAGCUCCCAAGUUCUAAUCCUGGCUUUGUCAGUGACUCUACUCAAGGCCUUUUGCUGGUCACUUGGCUUUUAGGAUUCACAUUCUAGUCAGCUGAAAAGUGACCAGAAUCUCUUCUUGUCCUGGAAAUUGGCUUUAUUCUGACAAUCCCAAGUUAUCCUGACGUCAUUUAAGAUAAAACUCCUUAGAAAAGUAUGCAAAUUUGGUACCAAUGUGGAUUAUUUCAGAGGUACAAGAGAUACUAAAUUUUUAUGUACUUUGAGAUGAUGGAUAUGAUAUGUAACUGGAGAUGAUAUGGAGUUCUAUGCAAAAUGGUAAAGAAUCAAUGUGAACUGAAUUUACUGGAUAUAUUUCUAUCUAGACAUAAUAAAGUAAGUUUAAAAAAUACAA